UUUCUUUCCCCCCUUGUUCUCUCUCUAGGACCCUGUAGCACCUGCUGAUCCCUUGGAGCCUUGACGUCAGCGCUGUAAAAGAUCUCCGCUGCGCGGUGGCAGCGGUGCCAUAGGCGCAGCGUCCGUCCAGCGCGCAACGCAGGCGGCUGCGGCGGCACCAGCACCACCACCACCACCAGCACCACCAGCACCAGCACCAGCAACAACACUAGACUUCUCCGCCCGACUUUCGCAUACAUCCACACACCUUUGGAAGGAGCGCACACACGCACGCACGCACGCGCACACACACACACACACACACACACACACACACACACAUCGGCAUCCUCCCCAGGUUUUGAACCGGUCCCCUUCUUCAACUCUCCAGCCGCGCCAUGUCGUCUGCUGUCACCGAGACGGAGGACUCGGCGCGCAGCUCCCCGCUGACACCGCUGAAGCUGGUCGGGCUGGUGUGCGUCUUCCUGGCGCUUUGCCUGGAUGUGGGAGCCGUGAUGAGCCCGGCGUGGGUGACUGCCGACGACCAGUACUACCUGUCCCUGUGGCAGUCAUGCUGGAAGCCGGCGAGCACCGAGAACUGGCAGUGCAGCAGCACGCUGGGUUCAGACUGGCAGGUUGCUACGCUGGCCCUAUUGCUAGGAGGUGGAGCCCUGGUGCUGAUGUCAUUUCUGGUCGCUCUAGUUGCCGUGUGCAUCGGCACAAGACGGCGAUUCUACGCACCCGUCGCCUUUAUGCUCUUUGCUGCAGUUGUCCUCCAGGCCUGCAGCUUGGUCCUCUACCCCAUCAAGUUCAUCGAGAGCAUCAACCUGAGAAUCUACCAUGAGUUUAACUGGGGCUACGGCCUGGCCUGGGGAGGAACCAUCUUCUCCUUCGGUGGGGGAAUCCUCUACUGCCUCAACCCCAAAAACUACGAGGAGUAUUACUAGCUCUAAUGCAAGCCAAGAACCCUACAUGUUGUUAGAGGUAGUCAGGAGUCGAGCAAGGUUUUUUUUAAAGUUUUUUUUUGUAACCGCUCAGUUCCCAAGAACUGUAAUUAUAAAGUAUACAUUGUAUUUGAAUGGAGAAUUGGGGAUUUCUUUUCUUGCCUCAAAUAACAGAUGGGAUUGCUAAGGCUGCAUAUUUGAACUUACAGGCCUAACGUCACCAAGUUUGUCCUGGGGAGGGCUUGGUGUUUGAGAAAGAGUCUUACCAGUUUAAUCCUAGGACUUGUGACAGGGUACAACUGACAACCCUGUAGUAACAAAGGAUGGAGGUUUAUGAGGAUUGCGCCUCUGUUCUUUCUUCCCUGUGAACUAAACUGCAAGUGACUACUAAAAACUCAACUUAUUGACCUUUUUACUUUGGAGUCAGGAUGUCACACUGGGAGGCUUUUACCAUAUGUUUAUGCAUGCAUGCACAUGCAAAUGCACAUGUAUCUUCAUCUGUCAACAUUAAAGCCUCGGGCUGAGCUUCUGAAAUCUACCCCCGGACUCCAACUCCAUCGGCGCAUCAUUAUGGCAUUCUGUUUUUCAGAGUCCUCUGGAGCCCUUAAACUUUCACAAGGACAUGAAAGAGGAUCAGACGCUACAAUGUUGAACGUUGCUGUUCAUAACUUUUAAUAAGACAGAUAGAUCCCUCAUGAGGCGGAGGUAAGAGGGGAAAAUUAAAUAAAGACACCGGCUCAAUAUUCUGUUAUCGACCCAUUUGUCUGUUACCGUGGCAACCCACAGGGUGUGCCCAUGCAGCUGCCAUGAUUGAUUAUCAACGGUCUGAGGUGUGAGACGGAGACUGCGCUUAGCAGCCUUCAAGGGUCUGCUAAAUUUUGAUUCCACUCCCAAUGAGCCACAUUUUUCCACACUGUGAUUUUUGGAGAAUCCUUCCUUCUCUGGUCCAGCUUACCUGCAUUGUGUUUGUUGAUGGGUGUGUUUGCUAUACACUACAGACAGUUACAGUCUCUCAGUGGGCAUCCUAACAUGAGCAUGAAUAUAUUAGGUGAGUUAGGAUAUGCAUUCUGAGUGCAAUGAGAUGAUUAUGCACUCAGCUGAGGAAGGUAAAACCACAAAAACACCUAUGGAGAACCAUGACUUUAAUAGACACCACUUCAUGUACACCUUUGCCUCAUUCUAUAAACUUAAGUAGCCAGCUCAGGUGGAGGUGAAUGGGAAGUGUGAGCUUUAGCUUUACCCUUUUUUGCAUUAUGUGUUGGUAAAAGAGAUGCAUUGGUGGCAACAGUAAUAUUUUAGUCAGUAAGCACUUAAUAAUAAAAUAAUAAUAAAAUAUAUAUUAACGAUAACUAACUGAUGAUAACAAGGACAUUAAAGGACACAAUUAGACAUUCCCCUAAAUAUCAGUAUGAUGAAUCAAUGCAUUACUGUGUGCAUGCAAACAUAACCACUGUAGCUGACUAUUUUUAAAUGAGAUCAGUGUAUCUACUGAUAAUAUCAGACCAUGUUUCAUUAACAUCAGACUGUUGUUUCCUUUCCUUUCCUACAGUAAAUGUCAGGGAUCUGCCCUGCACCCUGUGCAGAUUCUGGUGGGAAACAAGCCUGGCAUGCAUCUGUUGGCACAGGAAAGGCAAAUGUCAACAUCAGCCAGGGUCAAAUGUCAGUAUUCAAUGUUAUUAUAUGGUUGCUAGGAUUUAUAUAGACACAUACAGUAAACAAAAGUAAGACUUUAUCUUAUAUCAAAGCAAACAUUCAGAAAGAACAUUUGAUAAUCACUGCUUUCAAGAAUUUAUCUAAUUUCCCCUGUCCACUCUCCACUCUGAUCAUCAGUUGUUUGGAUGGUACCCAUGAGUCCAGUGCAAUGUCUGGGUGUAAAUAUGGAUGGAGUAGUAAAUAUUGUAACUUCUAUGCAGAUUUUAUUAGGCGAUUAGACAAGCUAAGUUUGGCUUUCAUUGUUCAUAACCCUAUUUAUGUUUUCUCUCAGAUAAAGUGUAAAUUCACACUCACCUAUGUGCUGAAUUACUUCUCAAACCCUGUGACCUCUAUUCUCCCUUCAAAACCCAUUUUGUAAUUUGAAAAGUGGAUAUGAGUGGAAUGGAAUGUGAAAUAAGAAAUAUUUAGAUGAUAUUUUGGAGAUACAAGCAGCGUCUUGUCUGUACUCUCCACUGUCACCUAUUUACCAUGCAGCUGUCAAGGAACCAUUAACCAAAAAUAGAAUCCAGGCUGGCCCCCUUGCCACCUUAACAAAUGUAGAACUGUGCAGACGCCACACGAUUCAUGCAGCUGACAGAAGUCCAUUUAUUUUAUACAAACAAAUGACAAAAAGAUGUUUACCAAGGACAAAAUCAUUUCCUCAGCUGUAGAUGUUGAAGUUUUGCCUGUCACCACAACAGUAUUACUUUUAAAAUCAGCUCAUUGAAGUUUAAUAACGACUGAGAUCUGAUGUGAUGAGAUAUCAAUAACGCAUUAUAUUACAGCCCACAAGUUACGAGUAUCAAUACUAUAAUCACUGCAUAUUGAAGUGAGGAAAACCAGUAGGGAAGUAGGGAGAGACAACUUUGUGUUUAAGUUGGACUUAAAAAUAAAUUUCAUUAUAAGUGUUUCUUUUUUUAAAAUAACUGAAUACUUAUUUACAAUUUACAUUUACAGGGUACAGUGAUAUUGUUCCUCAAUAAUAAGACAAGAAAAAGUAGUCACCAUACUGAUAUUGAAAUAAGUUGUUAUUUUUACACAACAAAUUGUGAACAUUUAAAGUAAAGCAUUUGAAUACAGAGUACUUAUCAUUAUUAAAGGAAUAGUUUGGGAAAUUGGCUUUCUUGUCAAUAGUUAGUUAGAUGCAACUGUCAUAUCUGCACACUAAAUGUGGCUCAGCCAUCAGCUGCUACCUGUUAGCUUAGCUUAGCAUGAAGACUGUAAUUGGUUAUCCUUUUUCUGUCCGAAUUUCAAAAUUGACCUACCAGCACUUAGAAAACUCAGUAACAAAAACAUAUUAUUUCUUGAUUGUUUAAUCCGUACAGUCACACUGGCUGUUGGCAUGAGUAUGAUGUCAAAGUGUCCAACUAUUCUUUUAAUUUGGUAUAAAUUAUCGAUGCCAUGGGGAAAGACACUAUUCAUUCAAGCUCAGGAAGACAGGUGUACCAAUAUACCUGUUUACCACUACAUACAGAUAUAGUGUAAUGAAUAAAUUCUAGAACAUUAAUAGUUUAUCUGGUAAAAAAACUGAUGUUAGAGGAGAACCCAAACCACGUAUUACAGUAGGUAACCACUACUACAAUCCAUAUGUUUUAUUAUGUUCAUAUUGUCAUUGGUAUCCUGCAUGUCCCAAAUAUGUACACUGUAAUUUGUAGGCUGCAAUGUAAAGCGUUACUAAACAAACUUGUGUGCAGAUGUGGUGGAGACUAAUGUCACUUAAUCUCACUUAACAAGCCAUUUCAGGCUGAGUUAAACCUCAUGCUGUGAGUUUCACAGUGUAUAUUCUAGGAAGUAGUAUUGUACUGAUGUUCCAUGAACGUUGAGUCUUCUGAGGGGACAAAAAUCCUGAACUUCACUGCUUUUAUGUUUUUUUUUUGUGACUGGAUGUCUCAGUUUACCCGUCUUUUAAUUUGGCACUGAGUAAAAGCAGAAACAGCACUCAGUGAGACGGCCAUUAUUCCAUUAGUCAUACCAGCUAUAUGGGUCAGCGGGUGCUUUUUUUAAGCAUGUGACCCUGCUCUUCUGUAUUUUAUCAGUUUGAAAGAUGUCACAGCUCACACUGUACAGUGGUAGGGCUCUGGUUAAUCAGUGUUUAGCUUUGUUGGUUCACCAGAUUUUCUGUCAGGUCAUGGACGAAACACUUUGUGUCAGCUGUGUGUUAUUACUCCAUGAGUUAAACAGAAGUCCUGACACAAUGAGGAACCGUGCAACAGAGAUAAUUACCACCAGUGUGAUAUUCGAUAUGGAAGACAGGUGUCAACUACUACUACUAUAUUCAAUACUGUAUGAUCACAGCUUAGUGAGGGUGUUUUUGCUACCUAGAAACGUCUCUGUGCUUUGGUGGUGUAGAGGAGCCUUAGGCACUAACACUGUAACAGAUCUGGGUUAAAAUAUACAUGAAUCAUUUCCAACAUCCCCAUUAUUAUAAUGGGAGGACUAAAUGACAAUUAAAAAAAAAAGCUAUCGUUUGUUUUGAUGUGUUUUGUGCGGAAUAUUUGUCUGCAGUAACUCUGAAACUGAUAUUUGAUGUAAUGAACAUUUUGAUUUACAGUGUGGUGUUACAGCCCGCUUAUUCUUAAUUUACCCGUCAGACACAUAAACACUCUAAACGAGAUGAAUCCCCUUUCUGAUCAAAGAUUUACAGCUUUAUUUUGCAGUUUAAAAGCAGUUUGGAAGUUUAACAUUGUACAUCUUUUAUCCAAGAUUCAAAGUGACAAUACUACAUAUACAAACAAACGUACCCUAGCUUCUCAUAGCUGCGCCUUCAGGAACAAUCAGAUGCACUUAAUUAGGACCUGAAAUCAAUGUCAUGUCAGUUUUAAUUAUGAGUCUCUGAUUCUGAAUGACAAUGCAAAUCUGUUUGCACCAGUUUAAAAAAUGGCCUACAUGCUUUGAUUUUUAAUGAAGCACUUCAAUGUGGUUCUGGGUAAAUAUGAUUAUUUGUCUAAGGCACCUCAGUUUAUAUGGGGAACUAAAUGAACUUGCUACAAAAACACAACUAUUCUUUAAAACGUUAUAUCUGGUGUUUCUGAUUCCAGGGUGUCUGACCCGUGCUGGUUCCUUGUAUGUUUUAGCCCAAGUCUGACUCGUAGAUAUUAGCAUUUGUUUGAUUACUGAAAGUAGAGGCACACAAACAGACAGCUCUGUUUUAUGCCUUAUCUCCCAGUAGACUGGAGAGAAACACUGUCUAAUGAUGUGCAUAGGGAUUUAGGAAGUGUGUAUGUGUGUGUCUGAAUGACAGGGGAAGAGUGUGUUAGUCAGAUAGAGCAAAAGUGUGUGUGUGUGUGUGUGUGUGUGUGUGUGUGUGUGUGUGUGGGGGCAUGUUUUUGAUGCCAUUGUAGAGAUGUCAGUAAUCAGCAUUUAUCUAUCUGUACGUCGGCACAUUAAAGCACUGAAAAAACACUCAUUCUCACUCUCA